GCUUGUUAUUAGCAGCAGUUUUGUCCAUGAACUCAACAGUUUUCGCACAAACCAAAAUACUAAAUGACUUAAACCAUAGUUAAUAUAACGUCAAAGUAAAAGAAAGGUUGAGUCUGGUUUACGCCAAAUGUGUCGUCUUAUUCUUCCCCUUCCUGUCAGACCCAUUACUAUAAAAGAAGCCACACUGCACCCUUCUCCAUGCCCUUUUGCUUUCUUUAUCCAAUAAUAAUAAUAACCCCCUUUUCCAUCUUUCUUUCUUUCUUGUUGCCCUCUAAUUUUCUUUUCUUUUUCCUUUUCCUUUUCCUUCUUGUUGAGCUCCUUUGUUUAUACUUUAUUCUUCCCCUCCGCUUUAAUGGACUUAUAAGAAGUUCCCACGAGUGGUUCGAAUUGUCACCCAACUGGAUACACACAUAUAUAAAUUUAAAUUUAAAUAUAGAGAGAAAAGAAGAAGAGGGUGUGUUGUGGUGGGUAUGGAGAAGGUGAAUUUGGUGAAGAAUGGGGAGCUGAGAUUGCCCCCUGGGUUCCGCUUCCAUCCGACUGAUGAGGAAUUGGUUGUGCAAUACUUGAAGAGAAAGGUCUUCUCUUUCCCUUUGCCGGCCUCUAUAAUUCCUGAGGUUGAUGUUUGCAAGUCUGAUCCUUGGGAUUUGCCAGGUGACUUGGAGCAAGAGAGAUACUUCUUCAGCACCAAAGAGGCCAAAUAUCCUAAUGGGAACCGAUCCAACAGAGCCACAAAUUCAGGGUAUUGGAAGGCAACUGGGUUGGACAAACAAAUUAUAACUUCAAAAGGGAACCACGUUGUGGGGAUGAAGAAGACUCUUGUUUUCUACAGAGGCAAACCUCCUCAUGGAUCAAGAACUGAUUGGAUCAUGCACGAAUAUCGCCUCCUUAGUUCCUCUCAGUCUCAGAGCUCCAUGGAAAAUUGGGUUCUGUGUCGCAUAUUUUUGAAGAGGAGAAGUGGUGCUAAGAAUGGCGAGGACAGUCUCGAUAACAUGAGUAGCCGCAAGGUGAGGAACUCUCGAGUGGUUUUCUAUGAUUUUUUGGCACAGAACAAGACUGAUUCCUCAUCCUCGGCCACCAGUGGAAUCACGCAUGAAUCAGAUGAACAUGAAGAGAGCAGUAGCUCCAACAGCUUCCCUUAUUUUAGAAGAAAACCUUAGCAAUUAUGCUUUCCCCUUUUGUAGUUGUUAUUUUACUAGCACCUGCACUUCCUUUUCCUAUGGGAAUGGUCAUCCAUCUCUAAACAAAUCAAGCUUUGGGUCUUUCUCUUAUGUUCUGUCCUUCGCUGUAAUUAUCGUCACUUGUUCAAAGCAAGUAUCCCAAAUGAGAUCGGCAUUAAGGGUAGUCAGAAGAGUAUGCUACUAAUACUACUGUCUAAUGUCAUGUAAUGCAAUUCUUAUUUUUCCUUCAAUUUCCCUCACAAUUCCACCUUUUUCUAGAUACUAGUAUUGCCCAUCAUCACCAUGCAAUCGUUCUUUUGCCUAAAAGCUACUGUUUUUCGGUUUCAAGGAGAUGCUUUGACAGAGCAAAAGUGGGGGGAAAAGAGAAAGGAUACAUGGAAAAAAGCAUGACAAAAGAGGAUCAAAAUAUGGUUCUGUACAAUCUAAUAAUAUAUUCUCCAAAAAUAAAACAACAUUUUUUAGGAGAACAUACAGAGAAAAUAAGAACCUAAUCUUUGGAAGAUCAGCAUCACACUAGUUACUUGCUCUUUCAAAAAAAAAUAAAAAAAUGAAGAACCCAGCUCUUCAACGUUGAAUUUUAACGUAUCAAAAUCUCCAGAACUUUUUUGGGGAGGGGGGAUAUGCAAGAAUUGUUAUUUAUAUAUCUUAAUCAAUUACAACUUGGUAAGAAAAACACCUAUGAGAAAAGCCUACAACUCCGAAAACAUAAUUUUGUUUUUCUUUUAAAGGUAUGCAGACACUAAGGGCAUAUUUUCCUAACAUCUUUUGGAAUUUUCAUACUAUUUUUGACUAAUUAUCAGUAGACAGCAGUAGGCGGAGAAAUAGAUGGGGGUAUGUUGGUCGAGGGAAACAUGGUUAAUGAAAUUGAGACUAACCUGUUUACAAGUGCAAUGAUAUAUAUAAAAUGUUUUAUCUAUAAAAAAGGUACAUAUAAUUUUAACAAUUAAUUUUAUUUUCAAAUUUAUACAGAUUACCAUAUUAAUUUUUACAAACCUAAAUUCAAUUGCCACAUCUUUUUCACAGGGAACCAUAUUUUGCUAAGGAACCCUUCAGCUUGUUCUAGAAAUUGAUUAAUGACCCCAUCUCAGACUUUCAUGAAGUACUAUGAUGUUUUUCCACCUUCUCAAGUCAGGUAACAAGAACAUAUAUACGGAAUCGAAAUUGAGUUAAUCAAACAUUGAGCAAUAUUAAAAUUUCAAAACAAGUGAUCAAGCACUUUCGACACAAUGACUUUUAUUUAUUUAUUUUUUAAUUGUCGAGGUUUAUCUAUAUCCUUCUGUACACGAUGUAUUAAGACUUUUCUUCUCCACAAGUAUUUUAACACAAUUCUGAAGGAGAGAAAACAUGAAAGCAACAUUUCCUUC